AUGGACAAGAAGAGCUCUGUCUUCACCAUCGACCGCAUUCUGAGCGCAGACAACCACAGGAUCCCCAGCCUGCAGGAGACUUCGGCCCCGGGGCCCUGCGGGGAGACGCCGGCCCCUGAAUCUGCAGAGAAUGGAGACUCUAUGAAUCAGACGGACCUCAGAUCGACCUGCUGCUUCUGUUCUCACUGCGGAGAGAUUCUGCACACGGCUGCCAUUUGGGGUAAGCGGAUGUUUGCAGAAGCUCACAGCAGGGAAAGCUUCAGUCAUGUUCAGAGGAGGGUUCGGCGUCACCGCACCAUCUUCACAGAAGAGCAGCUGGACGCUUUGGAGGAUCUGUUCAGACAGAACCAGUAUCCAGACAUCCACACCCGCGAGCAGCUGGCCCAGAGAACACACCUGCGUGAGGAGAGAGUCGAGGUUAUCCACGGAACUCAAUAA